UGCGAUUGGUGGAUACAAGUCGGGUUGAAAAGGACGGACGAAUAGGAGCUGCGGUCGAGAAGACUGAUAUUUGUUUUUUCGUGUGCGUAGAAGUAUACUCGAGGAAAAUAGUAAGAGAAGAAUCACGGAAACUUCCUUUACCGGAUGCAAGUGUCACUCUCUUAUCUUCCAGACAGCACUAUCCACGACCUCCACACUCCCAAAUUUAGGUAGAAAAAAUGGAUUCCAUGUAUCCUGCACCAAUGCCUUCAGGAAUGCCUAUGCCAACUGCACCACCGUCCACCAUGUAUCCGCUGCCACAGCCUGGAAUGCCGAUAAUGUCACAAGGUGGUUGGUCACCGCCGAGUACGACUUGUCCACCAGGCUUGGAAUACCUUAUGGGCCUUAGCCAUCUAUUUGUACAGCAGAAAGUAGAAUUACUCGAAGCUUUCAUCGGGUUCGAGACGAAGAACAGAUACUCCGUAGCGAAUAUCCGAGGAGAGCCAGUUUAUUACGUCGCAGAAAAAUCAGGAUUCUGUGGACGAUUAUGUUGCGGCACGUCCCGCAGCUGUGAAUUUCUGGUGGUUGACAAUAACCGAAGGGAAGUGUUACGUAUGGUCCGUCCCUUGAGAUGCAAUAGCUGCUGUUGUCCUUGCUGUCUGCAGGAGCUGGAAGUGUACUCGGGAGAUAUAUUACUUGGUUCCAUAACGCAAGACUGGACCCUUUGGCGACAUACGUUUUCAGUUCGAAACGCUGCUGGCGAUACUGUUUUAAUCAUAAAGGGACCUUGGCUGCGGUGUUGCGUGAAUGUGACAUUUAAGAUUAAAUCUGCAGAUGACAAGCACAGAGUGGGCGAUAUAAAGAAAGAAUGGAGCGGUAUUAGUAAAGAAGUUUUUACUACUGCGGAUAAUUUUGGUAUAAGCUUUCCUUUAGAUCUGGAUGUUAAGAUAAAAGCUGUUUUGUUAGGUGCUUGCCUUCUGUUUGACUUCAUGUACUUUGAAAGCAAAAAUUCGAACCGUGCCGACACAUUCCUUUAAACAGAAUGCCUUUUCUAAAAUUGUACCGUUCCAGUGAUUUGCCCCAAAAGCUAUUUUGUUUGAAAAGAUGUAUAUAAGAACUUUCUUCGCGUAUUGUAAACCGGCAUGAAUUACUUCAAAUCGUAGGAUUUGUGGACGUGAUCAAGUCUCCUGAUCUAUUUAAUGUUUAGAAUAUAAGACGUGUGCCAUGGGUGUAAUUUGCAGUAUACAGUUUACAGCACAAACAUAUUUUUCUGCGUUGCUUUAUAAGAUUGACAUACCAGCGUUGUCAUAAGCACAAAUUAGUGCCAAUAUGUAAAUGUUCAACUACUGUUAUUUAAUGUAAUUAUACACUAUUUAUAUAUAUGUAUACAUAUAUAUCGAACGUUACGAAGAAUAUGUUAUACAUCUAUAUUUUUUAAGUUCGACUGAUUAUACUCAUAAAUAUGAUGUAUAUACUCUUUUCAGUUUUGUGAAUUUUAUAAAAAGCUUUAAUCAUU